AGAAAAGUAUCCGCCCCAGUUAACCUGGAGCGUUACAUUGCAUCAUGGAUGUCGACUGAGAGUGUUGCUGCUCGAAAAACCAUGGCUUCGUGGUCUGAUUGAUUUGUACCUUGCACAGGAUUAUCACUCUUGGCUGAGCGCGGGAUUGGCAAGAAAUUAGGGUGCUAAGACUUGUACUCGACUGGUGGAGGGAAGUGAUCGACAUUCCUUCCCCCCGGGGUCUCUUUGGUGGUGUCUGCCUGCUGCUAGAAAGCAAGAAGGUAGUCAUGGUAAGGUAGGUAGGUACCUACUGUAGACACGCCACGGCGCCUGUCAAUCACAGAAAAUGCCUACCGACCUACCUUACCUACCUACCUAUACAAGUUUUGGUAGGGAGCCUUUCCACAUUUCCCCACCCCCAACCAAAUCAUCUCUCCACGACUUGCCAUCCAUCCAACUGCCUCCCCCGUUGCUAGAACUACGGACAGAACUAGUAAGUAGAUCCCAGCACCUGCAGGAGACUCGGUCUCGAAUUGCCACGCUCCCCGGUUUUCCACCUACUUCGCCUUUCGCCUUGGCCGAGCUUGCAGACGUCUCACUGCCAAAACACCUUGUUAGCGACCGCUUCCACCACAUUACCAGACACUAUCUGCGUAGAAGAAAAGGUCCCCCGAUCUUCGCUCCCCCUCCCUGCUCACAUUGCAUUCUUUUUAAAGACGUCUGGUCUGGCACUCCCAUCAAGCCUUCAACUUUUGCGUUUGGUUUUUCUAUCUCUCAUACCUCAUCUGUCAAAGCCCACAUUGGACUUGCUAUUAAGGAUCAUUCAGGGUACCUUCGACGUGCCUUUGAAAGAACCUUCCAAGCAAACAAGACCACCUUAACACCUUCCCAAUAACUGCAAACUCACAGCACAUUAAUUCUUCAUAACAUACCCAAUAAAACCUUGCCAUUUACCCCCAAAUUCUAACAAACCAACUUAUCAAUCACUUAGCCAUCACCUCAAAGCACACAUAACACCUUCACAAAACACAAUGGUUGCUGCACGCUCCGUCAUGCGCCUGGCAGGUAUUCCCUGCCGUGCUGCCGCCUCGAUGCCCAUGCCAGCAGCUCGCUUCGCUCCCGUUGCCAAGAGAGCUUUCAGCAACUCGAUGCAACAGCCCAAGAAGUCGGAGGUCAUCAAGGAGACCGAGGUGCCCGUCUCGGUGUAUACACCUGACUCUAAGGGAGUUGCUUCUGGCAACUCGGACCACUUCAGCAUUCCCGUCAAGGGCAGCAGCAGAGCCGCUGUUGCUCAACCACCGACCCCGGAGGAGGAUGAGCCGGUCGUCCCUCUAUCCUCCAAGGUGUACUCGCAAAUGCCUGGCACCAUGCAGAAGAUGUCGGUUUACGGCAAGACCAUCAUCAUUACCGGAGGCGCACGAGGACUGGGCAACUACAUGGCUCGUGCCUGUGCUGAGGCCGGCGCCAAAGCCAUUAUCAUCUUCGAUGCCAACCAGGAGCUUGGAGACGAGUCUGCUGCUGAGCUGCAUCAGAAGACCGGUCUUCCUGUCACCUUCUUCAAGGUCGAUGUGCGUGACGGAGCAGCCAUCAACGCCGCCGUAGAUCGGGUCGUUGAGCUGUUCGGCGCUCCUGACGUCUUGGUCAACUCGGCCGGUAUUGCCGACUCGAACAUCAAGGCCGAGACCUACGAUCCCGCCAUGUUCCGUCGCCUGAUCGACAUCAACCUCACAGGCUCAUUCCUGAUGUCCCAGGCUGUCGGCCGCGCCAUGAUGGCAGCUGGCAAGCCUGGUUCCAUCGUCCUGGUGGCUUCCAUGUCGGGCAGCAUCGUCAACUACCCGCAGGAGCAGUCAUGCUACAACGCAUCCAAGGCUGGCGUCAUCCAGCUCGGCAAGUCUCUCGCCGCUGAGUGGGCCAAGUACGACAUUCGUGUCAACUGCAUCUCCCCUGGGUACAUGGACACCGCCCUCAACAAGGUUCCCGCGCUCGACGCUCAGAAGAAGAUCUGGAAGUCGCUCACUCCCCAACAGCGACUGGGCAACGUCGAUGACCUCAAUGGUCUCUGCAUCUUCCUCGCUUCGGACUCAAGCGGUUUCAUGACCGGCUCCAACGUCAUCAUUGACGGUGGCUACACAUGCUACUAAGCACCGCGGGCCGGAAACCACCGUCUUGAAAAUUAAAAAUGAUAAUAAGUCCUCAGACGACUUGUCGAGGCUGUCCCAAGGGAAUCGAAACCCUAUUUCUCGCGUAUCGAGACCAACAACGGACAAUUACUAACGCUAUAAAAGUCUUUUUUUCUCUUUUCUGCAGGCCGUAUCAACGGUAGCUGCAAGGUCACUGAAAUUUUCAGUACAGGCCUAUGAGAUGUUCUUAUCUUUCGAGUAACGAUAUAGAGGGGCACUGGCGCCAAUUGUUUUCACACUGUUUUGCACUUUCUUACAUCUCGACCUGGGUAGCGAAGCAGGAUUUUAUUAUUUUUUUGGUGUUUUCGUUUAGCUAGAAUGGGGGCGCUGAUGGUGGGUUGGUCAACUGGUUGGCGGCAAAGGGAAACUUUAAUAGAGACUACCUACGAUGAGAUUUCCCUGCAGGCAUUGUGCACAAACAGUUUGGGUGAACUUUUCUG